GUCGUAAUCUGCUUUUGCGUUGGGCAAUACCCUUGCAUUGCGACAUAUGAUUGUACACGUGCAAAUUCAAACAGAGCUUUGCCAGAGACCGGCAUAAAUAGGCAGCCUCGGCCAGGUCUUCCAGUAGUGCGAAAAGGCCUUAUCAAGGCACUAUCGUUACGUAAAGGAGAAAAACUUGUGUUUCUCUCUCGGCACAAUGGCACGGCCCAUGUUAGCAUUUCUUUUCUCGGUGUUGGCGUUACUUCGGUUCUCUUACGGCUUUUCCGAUUUCUGCCACGUCUCUCGAUGCACUACCGCCAAGCAAACUGUUUGUUUAUAUCCCGACCCCCAACCAUCGAAGGCAUGUAACCAAGUGUACAAUGCGUACUUAACUCGUAAUGAGCAGAUCGCUCUGGUUAAGAAGCACAAUUAUUACAGAAGAUUUGUGGCUGCAGGAAAAGAAAAGAGAGGACAACCUGGACCGCAGCCUCCUGCUUCGAAUAUGCAGGAUUUGUCUUGGGACGCGGAAUUAGCUUAUGUUGCACAGAGGUGGGCUAAUCAAUGCACAUUUCAACAUGAUAAGUGCAGAAGUGUCGAUCGAUUUGUUGUUGGGCAAAAUUUGGCCCAACGUGCCACGACUGGGAUUGACAAUGGCCCGAUUGAAAAUCUGGUGACAAGUUGGUACAACGAAGUUAAGGAUUUCAAUGCCUCUCAAGUACCAAAACUGUCUAACUUCAAUGCUGCCACUGGUCAUUACACUCAAUUAGUUUGGGCCAAGUCUAAGUACAUCGGUUGUGGAGUAAUUAGGUUCAAGCCUGAAAAUGGAUGGAACACGACAACUCUUGUUUGCAAUUAUGGACCUGCUGGAAAUUACAUAAACCAGGAAAUUUACAAGAUCCGUGAUGGCUGUAGUUCUCGUCUUUACUGAGAAUUUUGUACACGCGCAUACAAUAUCAAUUGCAUUUAUGCAACUUGGAUUUUUUAAUAAUUUUUUGGGGCAUGUGCCAUUCCACUUAAUAAUUUAUCCUCAAGGAUGUGUUUAACUUAAUGCCUCGAUCGUUUGCGAGGAAUUAUUUAUUAAGCCGAUAUUCCGAAUUCUAAACAGAAUUCGUCGCAUUACCUUCCUACUUGUUUUGUGUGUUGUUCCUAUUUAUUUGGAUGGAUUGUAAAAAUGGAAUUAAAUUAUUUCUGAAAAUUCCAAA